AUGGCUUUUGAGUAUGGGGUACUGCAUGAUGGGAGGAUGGAGGAAGUUGUUGGGAAGGCGCUUGCUGGUUGGGUACUUGCACGGAAGGGGGUGGAGUACGUCUGGCGAGCACCGCCUGCUGGCAUACGAGUUGAUGGGCGCUGGUACCCGGUUGAUAAAACCCCCACCCCAUCCUCCCACCCCAUCAUCCCACCCCAUCCUCCCACCCCAUCCUCCCACCCCAUCAUCCCACCCCAUCCUCCCACCCCAUCCUCCCACCCCAUCCUCCCACCCCAUCCUCCCACCCCAUCCUCCCACCCCAUCAUCCCACCCCAUCCUCCCACCCCAUCCUCCCACCCCAUCAUCCCACCCCAUUUUCUCUAUCAGACCAAAGUGAGGUAUUUAGGAGCGCUGGGCCAUCCGAACCUGGUGCGGCUGGUGGGCUACUGUAUGGAGGGGGGCGAAGCGAACAUGUGUCCGUCUCCUUCCCUCCUCUCCGCCCCUUGUCUCUCCCUUCCCACCCAUUCUCUCCUUCAGACCGAAGUGAGGUACCUAGGGGCAUUGGGCCAUCCCAAUCUGGUGCGGCUGGUGGGAUACUGCAUGGAGGGGGGUGAAGUGAGUGUGGCCCCCUUCUCUUCUCCCCUCCCUCCCGCCCCAUUCUCCUUCAGACCGAAGUGA